UGGGACGGGGGAAGGGCUCGCAGGGGAGGAGCUUGCAGCCUCGGGGCUGGGUGUCCUGCUGCUGGGUUUAGUUUCGUUUCUGCUCGCUGAGGCGCCGUCCCUGCAGCCAUGGCAAAAGCUUGGGAGGGAUGCGGAGGGGCUGGCAGCCUGGAGGCCGAGCUCACCUGCCCCAUCUGCCUGGGUCUCUACCGGGAGCCGGUGUCGCUGAGCUGCGGUCACAGCUUCUGCCGGCAGUGCAUCAAGAACAUGCUGGGAGCCCAGCAGCAUUCCCAGGGCCCCUACACCUGCCCCAUGUGCAGGAUCCACCUGGGGCCCACCGUGGAGCUGCAGAACAACUUCCAGCUGGGCAACAUCGUGGAGGCGUUUCAGGCCUCCGCUUCCAAAAGACAAGAGGACGAAGGCUCCGAGAAGGGGAAGACGAGGGUGGUUCCCUGUGAGUACUGCCUGGAUGGGUUCCAGGAGGCCGUGAAAACCUGCGUGGUCUGCAAUGUGUCCCUGUGCCAGGCCCACCUGAGCAAGCACAACGCCAAGGCUUCCCAGCAGGAACACAUCCUGGUGGAGGUGGGAGCAGGUGAGGCGGAGGAGAGGAGGUGCCCGGAGCACGGCAAGCUGCUGGAAUGCUACUGCCAGGAAGAGGAGAAGUGCAUCUGCGUGCUCUGCUCCAUCGCCGGGGCCCACAAGGGCCACGAGGUCAUCACCAUGAAGGAGGAACGUGACAAACAGCUGGUUAAACUCCCUGACACCAUGACAGAGCUGCAGGACUCUAAAAGUGAUUUAGAUACUGCCCUAGAAGAGCUUCAGAAAUGUGAGAAUCAGAUCAAGACCAAUACCAAAGCAGUGACUUCUCAGCUAGAAGCGCAGCUUAAAGAUAUGAGGACACAGCUUGUUCAGAAAGAGAAGAAGAUCCUGAGAUGCAUUAAGACUAUUGAGGAAAACCAACUGGCAGACAUUGCCAAAGCAAGGAAGAAAAUGGAACAGAAGAGAGACCAGGCUGAGCAGAAUCUUCAGGCUCUCCAGAAGAUAAAAGAGCAACCAGAUAUUUUCCUCUUCCUCAAAGAACUGAAACUGGUCACAGACAGGAUUGCAAGUCUGGACCUGGACACUGAGAGGGUGGAUGUGGAGGAAGUGCAGCUGGAUCAGAGCAUGAUUACCCAGUGCCAGACCCUGAGAGAGAAGUUAAUGUUGCAGCUGGACUCUCUGCUGCAGGACGUGUGCGUUAAACUCGCCAACCAAAUGGAGCUGCGCAGUCAGACUUCAGCUACUACUGGUACCUCUUCAGCUACGAAUACCAGAUUACCUGAAAAGGAUCCGUUGGAAUUGCUCCGCCAGACCAUAAGGAAACAGCAGCACCUGCUCAAUCAGAAGUGCAAAAAGUAAUUUCUCAUCCCCCAUAAGCCCAGACGUAAGGGAGAGGUGAAAAACAGAUGUCAGAACUGAGAUGGAAAGAAAAACUUAAAUAAUUUUCAGAAUUACCUCUAAUACUGACAACCUGCCAAGUGUUUUGACCUCCCCUCCUAUCUUGCAUUCAAAUCAAUUCUGUAACGUAUGAAAAUUGUUCUUAAAAGUGCAAAGAAUUAACAUGAACAUAAUACAAUCUCCUAACUGCUGCUGCCUUGCAAGCUGUGGCCUGUAUCAUCUCAUGGGUCUAAUUGUGCUUUUGCACUGUGAUUUGUGCUGACUCUGUUGUCACUAUGUGGCUGGAUAACCAAAUACAGGGCUUUAGCUACUCAUAACCAUGGCUGCAGGAUUUCAUACCAUCACCAGGAAUCAGCUGUGGAGAGCACUGUUUGUGGGUAGACUCGCAGGAAAUCAAGGCUAAAGUUCUCUGUGCUUUUACAGGACUUGUGGCUACAGCUCUGUUCUGUCACUCGUGAUAAUCAACACGUACCUGACUUCAGGGAUUGAAAAUAAACUCAGAAAUCCAUCUCA